UGGGAGUGUGACUGCAGCGGCCCCGGGGAGCAGGAUGGCGCCGCUCAGGGAACGGCUGUCCCGGCUCCUCGGCCCCCGCGGGGCGGUGAGCAGCGGGGAGAGCAGCCGGCUGCUGCCCCAGGCAUCCAGGCUGGCGGAGCUGCCCUACCCCUCUGAUGAUGACGAUGACGAAGGCUUGCUGGUGGACGACACGCACCUUCCUGCGGCCGAGCAGCACCCCGAGGAGUGGUGCCCCGUGCCCCACAAGCUGGGCGCCUUCAGCCACUGCGUGCGGUACCUGGCCUUCCUCUGGAACCUCCUCUUCCUCCUGCUGGGCCUGCUGGCCCUAGGAGUUGGGGUGUGGGGGCUGCUGGCCAAGGGCUCGCUGCAGGACGAGCGCCUGGCCCUGCUGGGCUCCGACCCCAUGCUGCUCUUCGUGCUGGUGGGGCUGGGGGCCAGCGCCGUGUCCCUGGCCGGCUGCCUGGGGGCCCUCCGCUCCAGCGCCUGCCUCCUGCGCUUCUUCGUGGGGGCCGUGCUGGCCUUCGUGGGGCUGGAGGUGCUGGGGGGGCUGCUGCUGUUCGCGGCGCGGCGCCGGCUGCGCGACGCCCUGCGUGCCGCCCUGCUGCUCUGCCUGCUGCGCUACCAGCAGGAGCCCGACCUGCGGCUCCUGGUGGACGAGGUGCAGCGCGCCCUGAGCUGCUGCGGGCUCGGCUCCUACCGAGACUGGGAGAGCAACCCGUACUUCAACUGCAGCGCCCCGGGGGUGCAAGCCUGCAGCGUGCCUGCCUCCUGCUGCCUGGACCCGCUGCAGAACGGCUCCAUCACCAAUGACCAGUGCGCCCUGGGGGUCCUGCGCCUCGGGGACAUGGAGGCGGCCGGUGUUGUGCACCUGGGGGGCUGCGUGGUGCAGCUCGGAGCCUGGCUCCGCGGCCAGGCCGGCAGCAUCGCGACCGGCGCGGCCGUGCUGGUGCUGCUGGAGGCUGCUGGGCUGCUCAUGGCGCUGAAGGUGCUCGCGGACAUCGCGCCCGGUGGGGUGUGGGGCUGAGGGGGGGCUGGCUGCCACCGCG